AUGGCUACUGCAAUGGUAUUUAUCACUUUAGCAGAUCUUCUUGGAAACAGCUUGGUUAUUUUGUCAGUUUUGAGGAGCAGAAAACUAAGAAAUACCGGUAAUGUUUUUGUUAUCAGCCUGUCUAUUGCUGACCUUAUCGUUGCCCUGUAUCCCUAUCCUGCAUAUUUGACUGCAAUAAUCAAUGGCACUUGGAUACUGGGAAAGAUGCAAUGCAAAGUAAGUGGGAUUCUCGCAGGCAUGAGCGUCAUUGGUUCUGUCUAUAGUAUUACAGCUAUUGCAGUCAACAGGUAUUGUUACAUCUGUCACAGUAGCAGAUACGACAAGCUGUACAGUAUGAAGAACACCUGUUGCUAUUUUGUGAUACUCUGGAUACUGACUAUCAUUGUUUUGCUGCCGAUCAUCUUUGUCGAUGCUUUGCAGUAUGACCCACGGGCAUACGCAUGCACAUUUAUACAGACUGUUAAUGCAACAUGUGCCAUGUCUGUAGCUGUUAUCCACUUUAUUGUUCCUGUUUCAAUCGUAAUCUUCUGCUAUUCAAGCAUCUGGAUCUUACUUAUUCGGGUCAAGUAUCGAGUCAGACAGAACAGCAAGCAGAAACUGAAAUCUUCCGAAGUACGCAGUUUUCUGACUAUGUUUGCAGUGUUUGUGAUUUUUAUCAUUUGCUGGGGUCCAUUUAGUAUUAAUAGCCUGAUUGUAGGCUUCAGUCCUCCUGGGAGAGCUCCAAAAAUUCCUAACUCACUGUAUGUGCUAAAUUAUUUUGCUGCUUAUUUUAACAGCUGCCUUACUGGCAUUAUUUAUGGAAUCAUGAACAAAACCUUUCAGCAGGAGUACAAGAAGAUACUUGUGUUGUUAUGCUUUCCAGUACUAAUGUGCAGGAAGACUUCUUAA